AAGUCCGCGGGGGCCCUGCGCAAGUGGACCAAGCCGAAGGUCCCGUGGGAGCCCUUGGUACCGCAGAGCGCGAGAGAGGCAAAACCCAGACUUGGUGAGCCUCCAGAGACGGCCCCUGCGGGCGAGACGCACCAGCACGUCGCCAUGAUGGACCCGCAGACGGCCGCCAACGCAGCUUUGCAGGAGUGGGAGAGCAUAUGGCGUUACCAGGUUGACUGGGCAGCGCCGUGGUUUGAGCCGCCCGCGGUGGACGAGCCCAUGCUACCGCCCAUCCUCGGCCACCACGCGCUGCACUCCUGUAAGGCGUUCUCGGGCCUGGGCGAGUCCAACAUCCACCCCAGGCUGUGGGCCCAAGGGCCAGCUGUGGGCCUAGCAGGCCUGGGAAGUAUCCUGAACUGCAUCGAGCGCGGAUCAGAUUGGCCCGUCUCGCAGCAGUGCAUUAUUUUCUGGCUGCAGCCCAAGCCCAAGGGCGGCGUGAGGAAUUUGGGGCUUCUACCAGAGCUCGCACGAGUAUGGGAGAAGAUCAGGCGCCCCGAUAUCCAGAAGUGGCAAAACAGAAAUCCACGAGCAUACGAUUGGGCCGCGAAGGGCAGGUCUGCCGAGCGAGCGGCCUGGAUGCAGGGCCUCCUAACCGAAGGGUCGUUGGCGCAGGGCGAGGCCAUCGCCACCACCUACUACGACUUGCGGAAGUGCUACGAGACGGUGCUGCACUCUCUCAUUUGGAGCGGUGGCCUGCGCGGGGGAUUUCCAAAGCCCUUGCUGCGGGUCAUAUUGUCAGUAUUUUCUUCGAUGAGGAGAGCGGUGCUGAAUGGGUGCUACACCGAGGGCAACUUCUGGGCGCAAGGGAUCGUGGCAGGAUCCGUGUUCGGCCCGCUGUGCUUGUCCCUCGUUCUCAUCGGCGCCAUCGACGACCUACGCGACGUGGCCGCCGCGGCGGCGCUCCACACGAAGCUGACUGACGAGAUCGCCUUCGCCUUCGAGCAGGUGCUCAAGCUGCAGGUAUCGAGAGGCAGGGGCGGCAAGACCGUAGUCGCGGUCUCGCAUGGCAGAGUGGAGCGGCAGUUUGGCAACCAGAACAAGCAGAUGGGCAUUCAGGUGGUGCGAGAAGCCGUGCAUUUGGGUGUGACCCAGUCAGCUGCGCGGCGACGUCGUGUCGGAGCCCAGUCCAAGAGGACCAUGGAGGCCAAGGCCAGGAGCUGGAAUAUCCAGCGGGUCAAGGCCGCAGGAGGCGCAGCGGAGAAGGUGGUCAAGCUCGGGAUCGUGCCGUCGGAGCUCUACGGCACACGUGUUCAGGGCGCCACGGACACGCUGAUCACCACGCUCAGGCAGACGGUGGCGGCGGCCUUCCCUGGCUGCAACAAGGGGAGGUCGGCCGCGCUGGUGCUGCUGGCGGAGGACGCGGACCCUGCCGUGCUCGCCAACGCGGGGCCCAUCGUGGAGUGGGCCAGGGCGUGGCAGGAGGCGACGGACAUAGCCACGCGCGACCUCCUGGUGGCGAGCUGGCGCUCGUGG